GAGCCGCCUGAGCUGCAGUCCCGCCCAGGAGCCGGCAGGGAGCAGAGCUGCAGAGCCGCCCGGUCUCCCGCGUCCGUGGGUCCAUUCUUGUGUCCUUCUGUCCGUCGAACGCGGGCUGCAGGAGCAGCCACGAGGUAGAAGUCGGGGGAGCAGCUUGACUCAGAGGUGACUGAGGUGGGUCCCUAUAGGGUGGCAUGGCAGCGAGCACGGACGUGGCUGGGCUGGAGGAGAGCUUCCGCAAGUUUGCCAUCCAUGGUGACCCCAAGGCCAGUGGGCAAGAGAUGAAUGGCAAGAACUGGGCCAAGCUGUGCAAGGACUGCAAGGUGGCUGACGGAAAGGCUGUGACAGGGACCGACGUCGACAUCGUCUUCUCCAAAGUCAAGGGGAAGUCUGCUCGGGUCAUCAACUAUGAGGAGUUCAAGAAGGCCCUGGAAGAGCUGGCACCCAAGCGAUUCAAGGGGAAGAGCAAGGAGGAGGCCUUCGAUGCCAUCUGCCAGUUGGUAGCAGGCAAGGAACCAGCCAAUGUGGGCGUCACCAAAGCAAAAACAGGGGGAGCUGUGGAACGGCUGACCGACACAAGCAAGUACACCGGCUCCCACAAGGAACGCUUCGACGAGAGCGGCAAGGGCAAGGGCAUUGCUGGGCGGCAGGACAUCCUUGAUGACAGUGGCUAUGUGAGUGCCUACAAGAAUGCAGGCACCUAUGAUGCCAAGGUGAAGAAGUGAGGCCUGGGAAGAGCCCCCCAGUAUGGCAGCCCCAUCCAGAGGCUAAGGCCUGGUCUAAGGGGUUCGUGGAACAAGAGAGCCUGGUCCCUUUCCUGCUGGAACUGCCAUCCAGAGCUUCCUGCCCAGCCCCACUGGGACAGCCCACCAGGUCUCUGACCCAGACUGCUCGGUGUCCCCUUCCCCUUUCCUCCAUGACUUCUGUCCCUCUAGGGACAGUCUGUGCCUAUAGCCUCACCGCCCCAACCUAGCCCCGGGCAUGGCUAAAACCCCUGACUGCUUGCCUCAUAUUUAAGCUGCUGCUCUGGCCAAGUGCCUAAUUCUUACCCAGACCUCAAUAAAGACACCUUUUGUAUCAA